CUGUGAGCGCGUGUGUGGGCGGAGAGCUCGGAGGAGGACCGAGGGAGGCGAGCUCCCGAGCCAGCGUGGAGUCCCCGCAAGCGCCAGCGGUGAGUGUCGAGCAGCAGCAGCAGCAGCAGCAGCAGCAGCAGCAGCAGCAGCAACAUGAGUACCCCACUGUCUGCUGCACCAGAGAGUCCUACUGGGGGCGCCAGAGGCCUGGCAGGGAAGGCUGCAGUCGGUGUCCGGGAGAAGGGCCCUCGGCUCUGUCAGCGACUGCCCUCUAUCGUGGUGGAACCCACUGAAGCGGGUGUUGUGGAAAGUGGGGAGCUGCGUUGGCCACCAGAGGGUACCCAGAGGGGUACCCCUCAGGUCCAGGCUGCUGCUGCUCCUUCCCCAAGUCCACCAGCAGCACCAGGGAAGGAAGCAGAUAAUGACGUCAUCGAGGGUGCCAGCUCUGGGCACCAGGCAUUCCCUGGUCCAGUAACAGAUAAGGGCGUGGCAGGCUCUGCUCUCUGACCACGAGAGGACCUCCAUCCCAGAACGACUGGCUGACUGACAGAGAAGACUGGGCCGACCCAGGAGACCCAACUCACCAAGCUUCCUGUCUGGCUAGGUGUGGCCAGGACCCCGGCCCCUGCCUUUGCGCUCCAUGGCCCAAAUCUGGAAUACACCCCUCUUUGCUCAGUGGUUUGAAGCAGAAAUAAAGGCAUCCUUCCUGGUGGCCACGGGCACCUUUGGGGGCACUUGAGGCGCUGGGCACAAGUUUGCUUCUA